CAGUACGUGGCGAGCCUUUCUAUGAUAGUUUAUAUGUUUGUUGCGGGAUAAAUUUCUAGCCUGGAUGUGUGUUUCUGAAGUUGGGGGAGCUGGGAAAAUAGAUUACCGUAGUGUAGUGCAAACGAUAAGGGUCUAUCGGGUCCUGAUAACACGGACACACCCACUGGGGAUCAUCUAAUCAGCUACCAAUUGUCGGAAGCAGCGAUUUAUCCGGAAAGAAAGCGAUCGAUCAUCCUGGACCUUGUUCUGGCAGCUCGAUCAGGAACCGUGUGAAGAACCGGCGAUAAUGUCAAGGCGUAUAAAUAACGAAGUUUAGGUCUUUAUCAGGAGUCGAGUCUAUCGAAAUGCUCGCGGUGGCUUGCGUCCUAACCCUGCUGGGCUCAGUUGUUGCCCAGAAGAGCCCGAAUUACGUUCCUGGACAUGAUGGCAUGGUCCACCUCUUCGAGUGGACGUGGACAGACAUUGCUGAAGAGUGCGAGCGGUUUCUGGGACCCAUGGGGUUUGGCGGAGUCCAAGUCUCGCCGAUCCAGGAAAACGUGAUAGUUCGGUCCAGGCCCUGGUGGGAGAGGUACCAACCCAUCUCCUACAAUUGGACCACCAGAUCAGGAGAUGAGGCUUCCUUCAGGAACAUGGUCUACAGGUGCAACCGAGCAGGGGUCAGGAUUUACGUUGACGCUAUCCUCAACCAUAUGUGCGCUGAUCAGCCAAACCCCAUAGGAACAGGUGGGUCUACGGCAAACCCGGGUAAGUUCCAAUUCUGGGCCGUUCCAUAUGGACCGGAACACUUCAACAUCGGCUGUUCCGUGACCAACUACAACGAUCCGGAGAACGUCAGGAACUGCGAGCUGGUCGGACUGAAAGACCUGGACCAGAGGAAGGAGGACGUCCGCAAAGCUCUCGUAGACUUCAUGAACGAGGCGAUCCAGGCUGGUGUUGCUGGCUUCCGAAUCGACGCCGCCAAGCACAUGUGGCCUCAGGAUCUGAAGAUCAUUUACGAGAGGCUGGACAAUCUCAACGUGGACCAUGGGUUCCAGGCUGAUGCUCGUCCCUACAUCUUCCAGGAGGUGAUCGACAUGGGAGGUGAGGCCAUCUCGAAACAGGAGUACAAUGGGUUCGCUGCCGUUACGGAAUUUCGCUAUGGCUUUGAAUUGAGCAACGCCAUGAAGGGCAAGAAUGACUUGAAGUGGCUGAUCAGCUGGGGAGAGUCCUGGGGACUUCUGCCCUCCAAGGACGCCUUGGUGUUCGUGGAUAACCAUGACAACCAGAGGGGACAUGGAGGUGGCGGUUCCGUCCUGACCUACAAGACCUCUAAAGAAUACAAGAUGGCUGUAGCCUUCAUGUUGGCUCAUCCUUACGGGGUGCCGCGGAUCAUGAGCUCCUUUCAUUUUGAUUAUUCCGACCAAGGACCUCCGGCGGAUGCGGGAGGGAACAUCCUGUCUCCGAAAUUUCUUCCCGAUGGGUCCUGCGAGUUUGGGUGGGUUUGCGAGCACAGGUGGAGACAGAUCUACAACAUGGUCCGCUUUCGCAACGUUGUCAAUGGGACUGAUAUCAGUCAUUGGUGGGACAAUGGGAGCAACCAGAUCGGCUUCAGCCGCGGCAACAAAGGAUUCUUUGUCGUCAAUGGUGACAAGUGGGACCUGGUCCAGACUUUGUGGACUAAUCUCCCAGCAGGACGAUACUGCGAUGUCAUCUCCGGUAAUCUGGUGAACAGAAAGUGCAGUGGCAAGACCGUCGAGGUCCAGACAGAUGGCAGAGCACUCUUUAAGAUCUUUGUCAAUGAAGAGGAUGGAGUUAUGGCGAUACAUAAAGGGGCGAAGCUGUGACCACCAAGAGCUUGACCCAUGACUUCUCAUCAAACAGGCAAUGUCGAAGGACAAGGGAGAACCUCUUCCUCUCCCAAGGGAACUGAUCCGGGGCAGCAUCUUCUCAACAAUUUUAUUUUAACAGAAACAAAGUGCACUGUUUUUGUUUUCUUUUCACUGUUAAUUCCUACUAUACAUAAUAUGACAGUUAAUUGUAAAAUAAUACACGACAGACUUGCGACAGGGGCUCGUAGAUGGGGUUGGGGGUGAUAUGGGGAAACGUAGGAGGGGGCUGAAUAUACGAACGGAAUUCGCAGGAGGGGACCGUCGAGGAUGGGGAAACUGAAGUAUCACAAAACAGCCGUGACGCGUUUCUUCCCCAAGCUGUGUUCCGGUUACAACAGUUCCGGUACACGGCCUGAGUGCUUCUCUUUGCGCGUCCGCUUUCUUAACUCUUUCUUUCUUAAUUCCUGGCGAGCACCUGAUUCGGUUACGACCCUAAAUAAAAUACUACGGGUUUCUCGUAAAAGCACGGUAUAAAUAAAUGCUCAAGCGCGCAGUAUGUACACCUCGCCUCCCGUCCGCCAUCUUGAUUCUCUUUUCUCUUAAGUAAACGCCGCCGGAGCUUCUCGUUCCUGGGUCUAUAAAGAAACGGAUGAAGCAGAAGUCAAGGGAGGGGACUUUAGCCAUCUUACGUUGCUGACUAACGUGACUUCUUAUUCGUGAAGAACGGCAAUAAUGGCGCUUUUUUUGAAAUAUGAUAUAGCGCGACCUAAAGGGAAUAAAAGAUAUUCCUAAAAUUCUCUUGCACAUUGUUUUUAACGCAUGAAACUGGCAUCUCGUCAGUUGCUUAUGAAACUUUUCUGCAAACUAGGCGAAUCGAAUUUCCUGACACUUUACCACGCCCUAAGAAAGGUCCUGACAGUUGUGAAAUUUCAUACUUCGUUAAAAUAAAGUUAAUGUACAGAAAGGAAUUUAAAAACCGGGAAUUUUUUCUUUCCAUAGAGCCUCCACAUUCGCGUGAUAAAAUAUUGAUCCGGAAAAAACUUACCGUGUAUUUGAGACACUUUUACAUGCCUUUAAAACAAGUGAGAACGUUAACAACGAAAGAUGGCGAUUCCUUCUCUUUACGAUUUGAGCUUCACCCGCUUAACCCUUCAUCCUUUUUUUUUAUAGACGCAUAUUCUUUUCCCUAGCCAUCUAAUCUUCCCUCGGGACAGGUACACUCCUAUACUUCAUUCGCAUCCACGUGCUCCUUCCAUUAUCCUCUUUUAAUCCUUAAUUCGGCAAACGACUGAGUCAAACGACUUGCUGCCCCCUUCGCGUGGGUCGCCAGCGCGCGCGAUUCAAAAAUUGGAAGAAACGCUCGAAAGUCCCUUCGGCUUCUCCUUCAUUUUUUUCUCUCCCUAGAAGGACUUCUCCUCCCUAAAAUCCGCAGUAAAUUCAGGCUACUGUAAAUCUAAAAAUACUGCUCGUCGUUAUGAACCGGUCGUUCUUUCCUUCUCUCCCCCUUUUACAUAUCGAGUAUAGUUCCUCGCCGUACGUCGUUAUCCACGUACAAGUGUUAUAAGGCAACGAUGAACCUCCUAAAUAAAUAAGAACCUUACGUUGUCACUACGAUGACACUCAUUCUCACUCGCACUCUCUCCCACCCUGUCUCUCUCUCUCUUUCUCUCAAGAAUUGCGAAUUUUAACUUUUAAACUCGGACCCUCUCGCCGGCCGCAUUUGCGGAGGACCGAAGCCGUUCGGCCACGUAGAGCGUUAGCAAAAAUAUAAUUUAGUAUAUAUCUACUCGUUUAUAAUCAUCCAUAGAAAAACUUCGUUAAACAUCUAUAAAAGAACCAACGAUUUGAGCAAAAAUACGUAUCUCUUCCGUACGUGUCCACACGGUGUGUGAUGGUCGCGCGCUCCGAGUGAUUGCGUGUUAUCGUUAUUGCACAUAUUUCUCGCUAUCAGGCCGCGCCUCGGGCCCCUCGAAGGAUUCCCUUUGGCAAAUCGAGUAAUCGAUCGGCAAUCUCUGCCCAGGUUCCGAGAUCAGGACGGAAACUAACGGAGCCAUUGUAAUAUCGCACUAAAGGACCAGAGAGACGCUAUUUUCUGGACCGGGGAUGAGACCUCAUCCCCGUAAACUCCCCAUUGUUCGGAUGCGCAGGCGAUAAGGCCUUAAUCAGUCCCCUGAGAUAAACUCGGAAGAUGGUGAGAAACUUAUAGUGACAUGCAAACCUGACCAAAGGUUUCGAAUCCGCCUAACCCUUCCGCUACAAUAAACUCCACCACGAUGUCACGUGGUGGGAAAAAUAUGGGCACUAUACUGGAAUGCGAUUCUCGAGUUCCUAGGUAUUUCUUUCGUAUAUGAACAGAUUCGCAUGAAAAAUGUUGCAUUGCUGUGGAGUCGCGUCAUUGGUCAACAUUUUAAUGUCGUAUACGAAUAGAUUCGCAUGAAAAAUGUUGCAUUGUUGAGGAGUCGCGUCAUUGAUCAACAUUU